UGUCAGUCCACCGAAAAACCAAAAACCCCUAAGGUGAGAGAGAAAGAUAGAGGAGAAUUGAAAAAAUGGCGGUUCCAGGGAGGCGUAAUGGUCUAGAGGAAGAAGAUGACUUUGAAGAUGACAAUGCUCUUUUCGACGAAGAUUUGGGUGAGCUUGACUUGGACACGCCUCCUCACCUCCGUGCCCUCGCCUCCGCUGCUCAGCUCGGCAACGUCGACGCCUUCCGUCUCGCUCUUGAUAACUUAGAAGGAAGCAUUGAUCAACCGGUAGAAGACGGGGACAGUGCUCUUCAUCUUUGUUGUCUCUAUGGGCAUUUGCCCUGUGUUCAGUUACUCAUAGAAAGGGGAGCUAACUUGGAGGCUAAAGAUGAAGAUGGGGCUAUUCCCCUACAUGAUGCCUGUGCCAGCGGGUUCACUGAAAUAGUCCAAUUUCUACUCAGCCGAGCAAACAAUGCAGACUGCUUAAAGAGGAUGUUAGAAUCAGUUGAUGCAGAGGGUGAUACACCUCUUCAUCAUGCAGCCAGAGGCGAGCAUGAUGAUAUUGUAAGAUUAUUGCUGGCUUCUGGAGCGUCACCUACUAUGCCAAACUUGUACGGAAAGAUCCCGAGUGAGUUACCUGAGCCGGACACAGAAGCUAGGAGAAUUUUGGAAGCUGCUGCUGCAGCUGUGGCUAGUGCACAACACUGCUAAUAGAAUUUCAUUGCUCAAAAGAUCUACGUUUUGUUCUGAUACAGGAGCACUAUCUGUGCGACCCCUAUGUAGUUAGUUUGGUUAGCAAUCAGUUUCAUUAACCAUUGAACAUGAUGAGGCACUUUUUCUUUCUUUUUGCUUUUGCUAUUUAUUUGGUUUGAAGUUUUGGAAUCAAUAGGAAGAGAGCAUAUAGGUUCCCCCAUUUGAAGCAUUUUAAUCCAUAUGAAGUGAUAUCUCGGUUUAGUAA